GACCCCCAGCUGGGUGUUGCAGAUGGAUUUAGUCCAGUUGCACUCAGUGGCUCCCUCAGCAGAUCUGCCUCUGUGCCUCUGGGAGCAGGAGCCGAGCCUCCCUCUGUGCUUCGAACAUGGCUGGUAAGAUCCAGACGCUGAGCGAAGAGGAGAGGGCCCACCUACUCCCCCUGCUGCGUAACGCCCAGUGGGUGGAGGUUGUGGGCCGGGACGCCAUCUACAAAGAGUUCAUUUUCAAAGACUUCAAUCAGGCUUUCGGUUUCAUGUCCAGAGUGGCUUUACAAGCUGAGAAGAUGGACCAUCAUCCCGAGUGGUUUAAUGUCUAUAACAAGGUCCAGAUUACUCUCAGCACCCACGACUGUGGGGGAUUGUCUCAGCGCGACAUCACCUUGGCCACCUUCAUUGACCAGGCCUCCCUGAUGUAGAACGCCCCCCGUCGGCUUCCUGGGCAGCGAAGGCCCAGAGGUCACAGCUCUAUGUGCUUUAAAUGAGAAACCUCGAGAUCUGACUCCCCCGCGUCCAGAGAAAAGGAGCCAGAUUACUUCUAGCUCCCAGUGAAAAAUGUUGCUCUUUGUUUUAAGUGUGGCGGAAGAAACGGAGAAGUUAGGAUUAGAAUAAUAGCAAUCAGGACACAUUCCAGCUGGUGUUGGAGAAAAUGUUGUGAUUUUUGUGCACCUCCUGUUUUUUUGUAUUGUGUAAUAAAAUGUUGGACUGAAAGUGA